AUGAAAGAAUAUCUCAAAGUUAAAGAAUGUUUCAAUCCGGUUAUUGUUCAAACCAAGAAGGCGACUUGUCACAGAGCAUUAUAUCCGAAUGAUCCGUUGCUUCAGCCUAACCAGGAAAUGAUUGCACAAACACAGUUUCUUCCGUCAUUAAUUCGAAAAAAUUCAGAUCUAGCAGACAAAAUGCGGGAAUUAUUUAGCAUUAAAAAAGGAAAGACUGGAAAACGUCGAUUUGCUGAUGCAAACAAACCUAGUAGCCAAGAACUUAGUCUUGAGGAAAUUUUGAACAAACCAGAAGAGCACAAAAAUGGGAAAAGGGCUAAAUCAGAUGAUGGCAUUACUACAGAUGCGUUAAUCCAACAUGAGACCAUUCGGGAGGAAAAUGAAACAUCGAGGUUCAACGAUUUCCUUAAAGAAUUGAAGACUACGUGUUUCAUGGCACAACCCUCUAAAACUGAUUUUUGGGAUUUGAUUAUUCGUGAGAAAAUAACUUUAAUUAGUCGAGAUGAAGCGCCGGACAGUACUACAUCGAUUCAAGAAGCUGAAGAGAAAUCAAACGAUACAUUGGAUGAAGAUGCUGUGGCUACCGAUGAUUUGGUAAUGUAUUCGACUUACAUUAUACGACGUGUAUGUAAUCCCUUUAUUGACUCGAUUUAA